AUGUCCGAGCAGAAGCAAUUGCAUCUGACAGCUUUCAUGCGACCUGUAUCGCUGCAUACAGGUGCAUGGCGAUACCCGGGCAGUUAUCCGGAUGCCAACUUCAAUCUGCAGCAUUUGAAGUCCUUCAUUCAGAAGCUCGAAGCUGCGAAGUUCGAUGCCUUUUUCAUGGCAGAUCACCUGGCCGUGCUCAAUAUGCCGGUGGAAGCACUGAAGCGGAGCCACACGACUACCUCCUUUGAGCCAUUUACCCUUCUUUCGGCCUUGUCCCAGUGCACGGAACGAAUAGGACUGGCCGCGACGGCAUCAACGACCUACGAUCAUGCAUACCAUAUCGCGAGACGAUUUGCAUCUUUGGAUCACCUCAGUAAUGGAAGAGCUGCCUGGAAUAUUGUUACUACAGGCAACCCCGAUAGCUCCAAGAAUUUCGGCCAAGAAGAGCACAUGCAGCACUCCAAUCGAUACAAGCUGGCUCGAGAAUUCUACGACGUUGUCACUGGUCUCUGGGACUCCUUCGCGGAUGAUGCCUUCCCAAGAGAUCGCGAAAGUGGUGUUUAUAUGGAUCCCGAGAAGAUGCAUGUGCUCAAUCACAAAGGAGAUGACCUAAGUGUUCGAGGACCAUUGAACAUCGCCCGACCAGUCCAAGGAUGGCCCGUCAUUGUGCAAGCUGGUCAAUCCGAGCCCGGACGACAAUUGGCUGCAGAAACUGCAGAAGCAGUAUUUUGCUCACCUAAAGACAUGGAUGGUGCCAAAACACUGUAUAAAGACAUCAAAGAUCGAGCGAAAAAAGCAGGACGGAAUCCGAACCACAUCAAGAUCUUACCCGCCGCCAUGAUUGUAGUCGGAGAUACUGUUGAAGAUGCCCAACAGAAACGACUCAAUCUCGAUUCACUUGUACACUACGACAGUGCUAUCGCCUCCCUGUCGAUUUCGCUUGGCUGCGACGCUUCGCAAUUCGAACCAGAUGCACCAAUUCCAAAGGAACUACCGCCUACGAAUGCCUCACACACUGCUCGCGAAUCCGUAAUCCGACUAGCAGCAGCAGAAGGUUUAACAGUAAGACAACUUGCGCAGCGAUACGGAGGCUACUCCGGACUCGCAUGGGUCGGAACUCCUCAGAGCAUCGCAGAUGGUAUGCAAAAGUGGUUGGAUGAAGGCGCUUGCGAUGGCUUUACUUGCGUAAUGCCAUAUCUCCCACAAGGACUAGAUGAUAUUACGCAGCGAGUCGUACCCGAAUUGCAGCGCCGAGGGAUUUUUAGGAAGGAGUACACUGGAACGACACUGAGAGAACACCUUGGUUUGCCGAGACCACCGAAUCGAUUCUUUUCGGGGCAGACGUUGCCGCCGCAGAUACAAGCGAUGCGGAAUCCCGGGCUGAUGAGCUGUGACGACGAGCAAAAAGGCCGUGGCUCGACCAAACCCUAA